AGCAUUUCAUACUUGGGGUCCCGAGUGAAGGUGUUCUCACCAUCGCCCAGCUUGCAAGGUGGAGGAGAUUAACCAAAACUUCAAGGAAAUACCAUCUCAAGGUGGCAUCACAGAGCAUCAGUCAGCUGCACAGAGCAUCAUUCGGCAGCACCAAGUGCCACUUCCUUCCUCCAUACCGGUUAUAAGCACCUAGGAGAUUUUACCUUCCAUCGCCAGAAAGGUACCAUGGCUGUGCUCAAGCUUUUCCUCAUGGCUUUCAGCUUUGUCUUCUGGGCAGCGGGACUCACCAUGAUUACCCUCGGCAUUUGGGCCAAGAUUUCCCUGGGCACCUACUUGGUGCUCUCCACCAACGAAUACCCAAACACCUCCUUCAUUUUGUUGGCGACUGGCGCAGCUGUCAUCGUGUGGGGCUUCCUGGGUUGCUUCAGCGCCGCCACCGAACACCGCUGCCUGCUGCGCACUUACGGGAGCUUUCAGCUGGCGGUGCUGGCCGCCAGCUUAGCGGCGGGGCUCUCCAGCUUGUUGUACCGCAAGGAUAUCGCCAAAGGCUUCCAGAACGGCCUCCGCGAAGCCAUACGCUCCUACGCCGAGGACGAGGAGAAGGCCGAGGCUCUGGAUUCCGUCCAGCGCACCCUGGACUGCUGCGGGGUGGAAAGUUACCGCGACUGGUUUUCCUCGCCGUGGUCUACGGAGCAACAGGCACCCAACGGCUCCGUGCCCGCGAGCUGCUGCAGGGCACGCAAAAGGUGCAUGCACAGCCCUCUCCCUUUCGGCGCCCAGGGCAUUUACCGUGACGGGUGUUUCAGCAAGGUCUACAACUUCGUCAGCGGCAACAUGUUCUACAUUGCCACGGCGGCCCUCGGGCUGGCACUCAUGCAGGUGGUGGGCAUCAUCCUGGCUUGCCUGCUGGCUGCUCGGAUCCCGUCCCACGCUCAGCCACCCGGAGGCACCAUCCCACACUGA